AUGUUCUCCAGGAGGAUCGUCUCGGCGGCGCGCAUGGUGCCGCUGCGGACUCGCCGUGUGCAGAACUCGAUGGUCAUGCUACCGUCGAUGAUGCAGACUGUCCGAAACUACGCCGACAAGGUCGUCCAGGUACCCCAAAUGGCCGAGUCCAUAUCCGAAGGAACUCUCAAGCAGUUUUCCAAGGCAAUUGGCGAUUAUGUGGAACAGGAUGAAGAGCUUGCGACCAUUGAGACCGACAAGAUUGAUGUCGCUGUGAACGCGCCCGAAGCUGGUGUUAUCAAGGAGUUCCUUGCCAGUGAAGAGGAUACCGUGACUGUUGGCCAGGACAUCAUCCGCCUGGAACUCAGCGCCGCUCCCCCCGAGGGUGCUAAGGACACCAAUGCCCCGAAGGAGGAGCCUAAGGAGGAGACUCCCGAAAAGAAGGAGCCUUCUAAGGAAAGCCAGCCGGAGCCCCUAAAGGAAACGUCGCAAAAGCCUGCGGAGCCGGAGCAGAAGAAGCCCGAGCCCAAGAAGACUGAACAGCCUGCCGUUACUACCCCCGGCAACCGCGAGGAGCGUCGUGUUAAGAUGAACCGUAUGCGACUCAGGAUUGCUGAGCGCCUCAAGCAGUCCCAAAACACGGCCGCUUCCCUCACAACUUUCAAUGAAGUCGACAUGUCCAACAUCAUGGAAUUCAGAAAGCUGUACAAGGACGACAUCCUCAAGAAGACCGGCGUGAAGCUGGGUUUCAUGAGCGCCUUUUCUAAGGCUGCUGCCCUGGCUGUGCGCGAUAUCCCGGGUGUCAACGCUUCGAUCGAGGGCCCUAACGGCGGAGACACUAUUGUCUACCGUGACUACAUGGACAUCAGCGUUGCCGUUGCCACUGAGAAGGGACUUGUCACUCCCGUGGUCCGCAAUGUUGAGUCCAUGGACAUGAUCAGCAUUGAGAGCUCCAUUGCCGAUAUGGGCAAGAAGGCUCGUGAUGGGAAACUCACCAUUGAGGAUAUGGCCGGUGGCACCUUCACCAUCAGCAACGGUGGCGUGUUCGGCUCUCUUAUGGGUACGCCCAUCAUCAACAUGCCCCAGACCGCCGUGCUUGGUCUCCAUGCCAUCAAGGAGCGCCCCGUUGCUGUGAAUGGAAAGGUUGAGGUUCGCCCGAUGAUGUACCUGGCCUUGACAUACGACCACCGCCUUCUUGAUGGCCGCGAGGCUGUGCAGUUUCUGGUCAAGAUCAAGGAGUACAUCGAAGACCCCAGGAGGAUGCUUCUGUAG